AUCGCCGGACGAUGACAUGAUGAUGCAGUGACGAUUGUAAUGUGAAGAAACAUUGAAUGAGGGAUCGUGACACGGACAGUGUGUUCCUCCUGUCGUCGUCUGCUCGCAGACAGCAAGCUCACUGGAUAACAUGAGCGGGUACCCUGAGGAGACUGAGGGAGGCAUGAGGAAGAUACCCAGCUCGGAGGAGCGCUGGGUGGUCAUUCAGAAGAAGACUUUCACCAACUGGUGCAACGAGCAGCUGAGAGCCGGGGGGAGAGCUGUGGAAAAUCUCGACACCGACUUUUGUGAUGGAGUCAAACUUGUGGCCCUUGUGGAGGCCUUGCAGUUUAAAAAGAUCGGGAAGGUGUACAGCAAGCCCACCAGUCGCAUACAGAUGCUGCAGAAUGCUGCUCUUGCCCUCAAGGCGAUAGCAGACGACAAGAUCCGCCUCGUCAACAUCGGGACUGAGGAUGUAGUCAAUGGUAAUGUCAAGCUGAUACUGGGGUUGCUAUGGCACCUCAUCCUCCGAUACCAGAUCAGCGCCUCGGAUUCCAAAGCUCCACCCAAGCGGAUGAUGCUGGGGUACUUUCAGGGCGCCCUGGAUGGUGUUGUCCUCAACAACUUCACCUCCGACUGGAGCGACGGAGUGGCCCUGCAUGCCCUCAUCGAAUAUUGCAAGCCAGGCACGUCUCCCAACUGGCGAAGACUUGACAGAAAGAGAAGGGUAGAGAACUGCCGCACGGCCAUGCAGCUGGCCAAGGACCACCUCAACGUCCCGUGGGUCAUCAGCGCCGAGGACUUCGCCAGCGCCGAGAUGGACGAGUUGUCGGCAAUGACUUACCUGUCCUACUUCAUCAAGAAGGACUCACCUGGCUACUACGCGACCCUCAACUGGGUGUGUCGGCAGCUCAAGACCACAAAUGUCAGCAACCUGACGACGGACUGGAAUGACGGGUACUACAUGUGUGCCGUGGUUCAGUCUCUGGGUGGACAUAUACCCGGAUGGCCAAAUUUAGACCCCGCAGACAAGGUCAACAAUUGGCAAACAGCCAUUGAUGCCGCCAAAAAGAUGGGCGUGGAGCCGGUAGUGACGGCGGAGGAGGCGACUCGACCGGAAGUCGACCACCUGGCUGUCAUGGCGUAUCUGAGCAAGUUCAUGCACAUCACCCCGCCCUUGCCCAACUCCGAGCGACUCACCUUGACCGCUGACCUGCUGGACGUGAAGAGAGGGUCAAAGACGAGCGUUGUCAUAACGGCUCUCGAUGAAGGCGUGGAGAAGUCCAAAGUCAAGGUGGUUGUCGAUGGACCUGGUGGCUGGGUGCUGGACUGUCCAGUGGUCUGGAGAAACAGCGUUGCUGAGUGCAGCUUCACACCAGAACGAAAGGGAGAGCACACAAUUCGAGUCACCUACUGUGGGGAGGAGAUUAUUGGUAGCCCCGUGUACUUCAAGGUGGCCAACGACCUCACCAACGUCAGGUUCCUGACGCCAUCGGGAGAGUGUCUGGUGGGAAAACCUUUUGUCUUCAAGGUGGACCUGUCCUCAGUACCUGACAGCCAGGCCCACGUCACGGUGCAGUCACAGUCCGGAGACGAGCAGACGAUAGCAGCUGUGUCCAGAGAAGGCGACAUAUUGGUGGCGACCUUUCACCCCUCGACCUACGGUCUGUGGACUGUGCACGUGACUGUUGACGGCGAGGAGGUCGACGAGCACAUCACCGUGUCCGCCAUUGAUGUCAACAAAGCCUUCCUCAUAGGACAGUCAUCCGGGUUCGUGGGAGAGGUCGUUAGGUGCACUGUAAACUGUCAAGACACCGGGUGUGAUGAUGUAACUGUUGAUGUUGAGUACGGAAACUCCUCCCUGGACGCCCUGGUGACCCAGGUCAACGGCAUCCACCACAUAGAAUUCGUGCCACAAAAACCUGUAUUUCACAUUGUCAAAGUUUUCGUCCGAAAGUUAGAAAUCAGAGGUUCACCUUUGACUGUGGACGUUGUCGACCUCCAAGAUGUCAAGGCCUCUGGAGAAGGGCUGAGGAAGGGAGUGAUAGGCAAGGAAUCUCGGUUCAGUGUCGAGGGAACUGAUGACAUCGAGGCUGUCAUUGCCAUGGUGACAGAACAAGCCAGCGGGGAGGAACUUAAAGUCCGACGUUUGGGUAAAACCAGGAACUCCUGCGAGUUCCGGUACUUGCCACGUGACGUUGGUUUAUACGUCAUUUCCGUCGUUUGGAAAGGACGCCAUGUGCAUGGUAGCCCCUUCAAAGCGCGCGUGACCGACCGCUCGGCCGUGACCCUGAUCACUGACCUCGGAGAGUUGAAGGACGAGAAUGACCACGUGGUGCUGGACUUCGACACGGAGAUGGUGCUGGAGGUGGACAUCAGUCGUGCGGGCCCUGGAACAUUCACAGCUGAAAUGUUGGGACCGGCGGGCAAAGUGCCGGUGCACGUGAACCAAUCCACUGACAUCGCCGAGGUCGGCAUCCGAACACACACAGAAGGUCUUCACUAUCUUCACCUGUACUGGGCGGAAUCACCUCUACCUUUCUCGCCCAUCCUGGCUUAUUGCGAUGGUCCGCCGCUUCCCGAAGACGCUGGACGCGUGCAGAUCAGAGGUCAAGGGGCGGAGUCAGCGCGUGCGACUGUGGAGGCCGAGUUCACUGUGGAUGGCCGCAAAGCUGGGCCAGGCAUCCUUCGUGUGGAGAUGAAAGGGGUGCGAAGCAACCUACCCGUACACAUACAUCCCUUGAAGUACAACCGUUAUACAUGUACAUACACGUCGCCAUAUCCAGGUGGUUUCCUGCUGUACGUCUACUGGUCAGGAGUGCUGGUCCCGGGAUGUCCACACAAGGUAUCAAUCACUGCGAAAGGUGACGUGUCAAAGGUGAAGGUUUUUGGCGAAGGUCUCAAAGGUGGCAUCGCAGGAUACGAACUAAAAGUCUUCGUGGACACCCGAGAAGCCGGGCCGGGGGAGGUAACUGCUUCGUGCACAAGCAGCCGCGAGGGGGCGCGCGUAGAUGUGAAAGAGAGUGAGGAUGGUAUCUACACUCUGCGCAUUCUACCUACAAACCCAGAAAAGCACAUUCUGCACGUGCUGUAUGACAAGGAGCAUGUCGCAGAAAGCCCAUACACACUUCGCAUCGGGGAUCCUCCGGAUUCCUCAAAAGUGAAAGUGUUUGGACCCGGGGUGGAGGACGGUGUUAUCCACGCCUUUGAGUCCAGGUUCCUGGUGGAGACAUACGGCGCCGGGGCGGGGCAGCUGGCGGUUCGCAUCCGAGGGCCACGAGGUGGCUUCAAGGUAGACAUGUCCCGAGAGUCUGGCAACGACCGCACGAUCACGUGCCGCUAUGACCCCGCGGAGACGGGUCAGUACAUCAUCCACGUCAGGUGGUCCGGCCAGGAAGUGCCUGACAGCCCCUUCGUCGUCGACAUCGUCGACAGCUAUUCCGAACUCGACAGCAUCCGCAAGAACAAGAAGGCAAACAACUCGAGUAAUAACUGGAGGGCGGAAAUUUAAAUCUUAGAGAAAAGAAAAUGGCCGACAGUUCCCCUGACAGCACCGGGACCUGUCCUCAAGUUCCUCACAUCAAACAUUCACAAGAUACUGCCACUGUAUUCGCAGACUGCCCUGUGACAAAACUUUUCAAAGGACUGAUUAACAGUCAUUCAUCAAGACAUUUCCUCUUUUAAAGACAGCAAAGAUGAAUUCAGGGCUGCGAGAUAUUUUACAUUUAUUAUUUCAGAGUCGGCCAGAAAACAGAAUAAAGGUGAAUGUAAUGAAUGUGUACAAAAGGUAACCAAUGUGAAGGGUUUAGUUUUGAUAGUCUGUAGCCAAGAGAAAUAUCAUCGCAGUUCACUUGCCUGGCGAUGUUAGCAAUAUGCGUGUGUUAGAGGGUUGAAAUAUUUUUACUGAACAGUUUUCACCAUUUGAGUAAGUUCGUCAUGCUCGGAAAGAAAGAAUAUCUUAGUCUCAUAAACUUACUUAUGGUAUGUGUGAAUAAAUGUAGGCCUGCUUCAUCUGCCUGCCUGAUUUUUGUUUUAAUUGGAAUUAACAUGAGGUUGGUGUACAUUGGAUGAAAGUAGACGAGAACAAGGAGUAUCUUUUUAUUAUUUUGUUUUUAUCUGUUUCUCUUUCAUUGGCUGUGUCUUUACAACGUAAAUAUAUUGAUGCACAAUGUCUGUGGUGUUUAAAAAAUAUUUUUGCACCUCACUAGGUCUUUAACAAUGUCUUGUGUACCAAUGUUAACAGGACAUCCGUUCAUGUCGCUCCUGCAGAGUACAGAAUGAAAGAGCUCUGCUUCAACCGAUAAUAAAAAUAUAAAAAUCAUCCGCUUUUAUUGAAUAAUUUUAUUUUGUUUUGAGUUAUAUGCCGUUGAAUUAAAAAAUGAAUACCUUUCCAGAAA